CUUUCGCACCCUCUUUGGGUUUGUACAGUUAGAGAAUGUGUGUGUGGACCAGAGACUUGUGUUUAUAUAACCUUUGUCUGGUGGAUAUUAGGGCACUAAAGAGGAGUCAUUACUUGCAGCCAUCUGCCAUAGAUAUCGAUAUCUCAUCCUAAUUCUGGCAAUUGGCUUUACAAGAGGCUUUACUAGUGGCUCUACAAUAAUAUAGAACUUCAAGUCUGUACUCUAAUAAACCCAAUGUGCCUUCUUGUAUAUAAAUAAAUAUACAAAUUACAAUGUCACACUGUCUAGUGGAUGUUUUAUGCUGCCCGUACAUAUAAUUCUCGGUUCUAAAGAUGCCAUAGCCCUUUAUACUCAUGCUUUUCGGCCUUUCUGUGUCUUGGAAGAUGAGAAAAAAGAAGCCACCGCGUAAUUAUAUAUGAAAAGGUUCAAAUAUAUACAAACUUGUUUCUGAACGAAUUUUGUGUGUGUGUACGGAACCGACGGUAUGCGAAACGGUUAUAUACGAUUUGACCAGUCCCCGUGGAGGAACUUUGAGGCAACAGAGGCGUCAUAACACAGCACCAACGGCUCCACCAUCACUGACAUGGCUACACACUCCAAGACGAUCAAAGAUGAAUGUUGGGAUGAGAGUGACAGCUACUGCAGUGUCUUCAUUAAACAAGAGGAGGAAUCAGAAGACCCUCUCCAACUUAGUAAUGACCCAACAGACUUGCCAUGCAAGACCUUCAACUCAAGUCAGAUUGCUGACACUUAUAUUGACUCGGGCAGCUUCUUAGACAGUGUAAUUGAAGUGAAAGAUGAGCCAAUAAAUGAUUGUUUGGAAGAAACUGAUGACAACCUCUAUGCUACGUGCCCUAAGAAAGAAGAUGCCUCCAAACACCAGAUACACAUUAACGAUGCCUCUGCAGACUUGGCAUGCAGUGUAUCCAACAAUACCCAGGUAGAUGAAACAGAAAGCAGUACAGUAUUUGCAACAAAUCCUUCUACUCCAGCAGUAGUCAAACCACAAAUCAGUAGAAUAAAUUUGCCUAGAAGAUCAACCCCAGCCAGCAUACAUGCAGAUUCGUUAUUGUUUCCUGAAAACUAUGUUUACUUGCCAGAUGUACCAAGUAUAACUCCUGACAAUAUUGAUGAAGGUCUCCGGGUACUAGCAAGUUUAGCUAAAGAGAACCAUGAUCGUGAAUAUUUGAAAAUAAACUCAGCUGUCCAGAAAAGAUGUGAAUACAUCAAGCGAAGUUUAAAUAUUGAGGACCCAAAUUAUCUGAAGCCCGCAAACAAGAAAGGAAGAGGAAGAAAUUACUGCAGGAUUAUUGAAAUCAAUCAAACACAACCUACUAGCCUGUCAGAAGAUUUUACUGGCGUUGGAUCUGGGAACACUAAGUAGACUAUACUUCAAGAUCGACUGAUAAUGAAUCAUCAUAUAAUGGAUAAGGACCCAACAACAGACGUGAAAAUAUCAUCAAAUGGAUUGCACCAGCUAGAAGAUGAUUCGUCAACCCCUCAUUUUGGGAGAAGAGAAACCCCCAAAAUUCAGGAAAAUUUGUGAUUUUCCAGGAUUUAAAAAAAAAAAAAAAAUGCAGUAUGCCCAUAAAAAAUUCAAAUUCACUCGUACAGUAGUUACAAUGUGUAUGUUGACUUUUUAUGAUAUAAUUAAGUAAUAUUAUGGUCAGAAUCAGGCUAAUAUCACUGCCUGUCAGACUUAAAUAACUGCCUAAUUCAGGCUAAUAUAACCUACCUGAUUUAGUUAGGAUAGAGAUUUCUUACUUGGAUAAUUAUAAAUGUCAGUAUGAUAAUACAACAAAUGAAGUCAGGAUAUCCUUUUAUCAGUACUAAUUUCUGUAAAAAAAACUCUCUUAGUGUUUGCUUGUACCAUGAAAAAGUAAUGCAGUAAAACCCACUGAUUAA